AUGGCUCUCAUCACUCUCGCCCUCGUCUCCUUCGUUCUAUAUCUUCUCGGUCUUGCCUUCUACCGACUGUAUCUCAGCCCGCUCGCCAAGCUGCCUGGUCCGAAGCUGGGAGCUCUGUCCAAGUUCUACGAAGCAUACUACGAGAUAUGGCGGCAAGGCAAAUUCUCAUUCAAGCUCGACGAGCUGCAUGAGCGUUACGGGCCAAUCGUGCGGAUAACUCCAGAGGAAGUACACAUCAGGGACAGCGCCUUCUGGGACACUCUGUUUGUGAAGUACCCAAAAGCAAGCCGCUACUCUUCGACGGCUUCACGGUUCGGCAACAAUGACUCCAUGUUCGCUGUGGCCGAUGCUGGUUACCACCGCAUGCUUCGUGCACCAUUGAACCCGUUCUUCUCCCGCCGAGCAAUUCUCGACCAACAAGAACUUGUUCAAGAUAAGAUGGGCAUCCUCUGCACCGGCAUGGAGCGUUGCCUAGAGAAUGGUUCUGUCUUCUGCAUUACAGAUGCUUUCGCGGCGUUCGCCGCAGACGUCAUCUCCCAGUACUCGUUCGGCUUCUCCUACGGGCAGGUUGAGCAUUACGAGAACGGCUGGAAAGAGAACUUCCACAACGCUUACAUCUCCCUUGGUGCAUUUGGUCAUGUAUCUGUGCAGUAUCCAUGGGUCAACCCGCUUCUCAAAAGCAUCCCAGAUUCCAUUACCACCAAAAUGGACCCGUCGCUUGGACAGAUGCUUCAGCUGCAGAAGGACUUCAAUAAGACAAUUCAGACCAUCAAGAAGGAUCCCUCUGCAGGCAAACAUCACACUAUCUUCCAUGCAGUCCUGCAGUCAGACCUCCCCGAGGAUGCAAAGGGAGCCACACGACUCGAGCAUGAAGCUCAGACCGUGAUUGGGGGCGGGAUCGUCACUACAGCAUGGGCGGCCACUCAGGCAAUUUUUUACAUCCUUUCAGAUGACGACGUCCACCCGAAAUUGCUCGCUGAGCUUCGUGAAGCCGUACCGAACCCAUCAGCGCACGACGCAUUCAAGUUUGAGAAGCUGGAGAAGUUGCCAUACCUCACUGGGUGUGUCAAGGAAGGGAUCAGGUUCGGGCUGGGCAUUUCUGGUAGGGGCGCCAGGGUUCUGCAGGAGCCCUUGGUCUACCAGGACUACACCAUUCCUCCCGGAACAGCUAUCUCCAUGAGUGCGAGAGAUGCCAACUUCGAUGGCAGUGUUUACAAGGAACCUCGCAAGUUCAGACCUGAGCGAUGGACAGGCAAGGAGUCCAAACUCGCAGAUGGUUCAUCCCUGGACAGCCAUUUUGUAGGUUUUGGGAAGGGCACACGAAUGUGCAUUGGAAUUAAUCUGGCCCACCUGGAGCUCUAUGUGCAGUUGGCUCAGGUGUUCAGACGUUUCCAGCUGGAGCUGUAUGAAACUGACACGUCGGAUGUCGAACUGGCACAUGACUUCUUCCUGCCCAGUCCAAAGCUGGACUCGAAGGGCGUUCGGGUCAGAGUUGUUGGCAAGGUGAACUGA